UUACGAUAAUUACUGUACCGUCAAUGUUUGACAAAUUAACGAACAUAUUUUCGACUUAGUUACAUUCAUUAGUCAUUGAGAAUUUGGUUUUAACGUGACAAUAUUUCCUUAUAUAAAAUAAUUUUACCUUUAAACCCGCUACUCAAAAUUGUUUAUACUUAAAAAUAUGAUAAUGAAUUCGGAGUAUCUCUCUGAAGAUAUCUUAGAUGAGUAUUUUGUUAAAACAUAUCGCUGUUACCGUCGAGUACAGAUUUUAUUAGGAUCCUGUAGAGUGGACGUUCGAGACAGUUUCGUCACCGCGCCAACUAAAUACCAUAAAUUUUAUUCUAUAAUUUUAGUUGUCGUCUCUACAUAUUUGUAUAUCUGUACGAACAAACUCAUAUAUGAUAAUAAAAUCCCUAACCAUUCAUAUUCAUACUAUAUGUAUUUUUGUGUAAUGCUAUUAAGUUACGUUUCAUAUAUUUGCAAUAUAAUACAUGUUCGUUUCGUUAAUUCCGAUGACAAUUCGAAAUUUUUAAUUCAAUUGCAAAAAGUAGAUCGAUUAAUGAACGUAGAUGGCAACAGAAGUAUGUAUUCUUUCAUAUAUCAUACAAAUAUUGUUACACUAUCGAUACUUUUGACGUCAUAUUUAUUGCUUUAUGGCGUAUCUUGGUACAAAAAUAUAAGAGAUGCAAUUGAACUUUUGGGUGGGUUGUGUAAUGAAGUUACUUUCGCUAUAGAAAUUAGUCAUUGCGCGAACAUUAUAUUAUUCUUUGUUACAAGACUGCGGUUUCUAAACUCAAUAUUAUCUAACCAUUUACUACAUCAAGAUAAUAGCACGAACCAAAGUUUUUUUCCUACGAAAAACGGAAUGCGCUGUUUAGCUGCUAAAACGCAUGAUUUCGAAUCAACAGAUACUUAUAUUUGUCUGAGAGCAAUAUUAGAUGCAUAUAAUGAAUUUCAAAAGCUUUACAGAUUUCAGGAAUUAGAUUUGUUUGUGUAUGUGCAAAUUCCCUUCAUAACAACUUUCGACAUCUUUAUAUGCACAUUUCUGUGUGUGCGUAAUCAAUUUUUUUACAAAGAAAUUGAUACGACCAAAAGGUUGUGCACAAAAGUAAUGUGCGUUCAUUACACAGGACCAUUGCGAGAUAAAGCUAAAAAAGUGUUGAAAUUAAUACAAGAGGCACCACCGAAGUUCUCUGUUUACGAUAUGUGGCAGAUGGAUGUAUUUUUUAUGCUGAAAGUCUUUAAUAUUCUCACUACUUAUAUUAUUACGACGUUACAAUUUGCUCUUCUCUAAGUGUAUGCGAUUUAAAUAUUUUUAGACAUGGCAUAUCUAUUAACUACACUGAAGACAUCAAGAGUUAUUUGUUCGAAUCGUGUAAUCUAUAUUAAAUUGCACUU